GAGCAUUCUCCAUGUUUGAGAAACCCAAAGUUCCAAAUUCCAAAAUUGGUCAAAGCUCGAUAACGUGUGUAUUGCUUCUCUUAGUCAAUGGUGAUUUCGAUUCAUUGACUGGGUUUAAAAACCUUGCUAGUUCUCAAUUCUCAUGACUUUGCUUUUAGUCUUAGAAGUGGAAAAUGGAACAUGGAUCAUCCCGUGGCUUUAUUUGGCUGAUUCUAUUUCUCGAUUUUGUUUCCAGAGUCACCGGAAAAACACAAGUUGAUGCUCUCAUUGCUCUAAGAAGCAGUUUAUCAUCAGGUGACCAUACAAACAAUAUACUCCAAAGCUGGAAUGCCACUCACGUUACUCCAUGUUCAUGGUUUCAUGUUACUUGCAAUACUGAAAACAGUGUUACUCGUCUGUAAGUUUCUUUCACUCUCUCUCUGCUGGUUUUAUAACUGAAUGAUUCAAGCCUUUUACUGCUCAGUGACCUGGGGAGUGCUAAUCUAUCUGGAGAACUGGUGCCACAGCUUGCUCAGCUUCCAAAUUUGCAGUACUUGGAACUUUUUAACAAUAAUAUUACUGGGGAGAUACCUGAGGAGCUUGGCGACUUGAUGGAACUAGUAAGCUUGGACCUUUUUGCAAACAACAUAAGCGGUCCCAUCCCUUCCUCUCUUGGCAAACUAGGAAAACUCCGCUUCUUGCGUCUUUAUAACAACAGCUUAUCUGGAGAAAUUCCAAGGUCUUUGACUGCUCUGCCGCUGGAUGUUCUUGAUAUCUCAAACAAUCGGCUCAGUGGAGAUAUUCCUGUUAAUGGUUCCUUUUCGCAGUUCACUUCUAUGAGUUUUGCCAAUAAUAAAUUAAGGCCGCGACCUGCAUCUCCUUCACCAUCACCUUCAGGAACGUCUGCAGCAAUAGUAGUGGGAGUUGCUGCGGGUGCAGCACUUCUAUUUGCGCUUGCUUGGUGGCUGAGAAGAAAACUGCAGGGUCACUUUCUUGAUGUACCUGCUGAAGAAGACCCAGAGGUUUAUUUAGGACAAUUUAAAAGGUUCUCCUUGCGUGAACUGCUAGUUGCUACAGAGAAAUUUAGCAAAAGAAAUGUAUUGGGCAAAGGACGUUUUGGUAUAUUGUAUAAAGGACGUUUAGCUGAUGACACUCUAGUGGCUGUGAAACGGCUAAAUGAAGAACGUACCAAGGGUGGGGAACUGCAGUUUCAAACCGAAGUUGAGAUGAUCAGUAUGGCCGUUCAUAGGAACUUGCUUCGGCUUCGUGGCUUUUGCAUGACUCCAACUGAAAGAUUACUUGUUUAUCCCUACAUGGCUAAUGGAAGUGUUGCUUCUUGUUUAAGAGAGCGUCCUGAAGGCAAUCCAGCCCUUGACUGGCCAAAAAGAAAGCAUAUUGCUCUGGGAUCAGCAAGGGGGCUCGCAUAUUUACACGAUCAUUGCGACCAAAAGAUCAUUCACCUGGAUGUGAAAGCUGCAAAUAUACUGUUAGAUGAAGAGUUUGAAGCUGUUGUUGGAGAUUUUGGGCUAGCAAAAUUAAUGAAUUAUAACGACUCCCAUGUGACAACUGCUGUACGGGGUACGAUUGGCCAUAUAGCGCCCGAGUACCUCUCGACAGGAAAAUCUUCUGAGAAGACUGAUGUUUUUGGGUACGGGGUCAUGCUUCUCGAGCUCAUCACUGGACAAAAGGCUUUCGAUCUUGCUCGGCUUGCAAAUGAUGAUGAUAUCAUGUUACUCGACUGGGUGAAAGAGGUUUUGAAAGAGAAGAAGUUGGAAAGCCUUGUGGAUGCAGAACUCGAAGGAAAGUACGUGGAAACAGAAGUGGAGCAGCUGAUACAAAUGGCUCUGCUCUGCACUCAAAGUUCUGCAAUGGAACGUCCAAAGAUGUCAGAAGUAGUGAGAAUGCUGGAAGGAGAUGGUUUAGCUGAGAGAUGGGAAGAAUGGCAAAAGGAGGAGAUGCCAAUACAUGAUUUUAACUAUCAAGCCUAUCCUCAUGCUGGCACUGACUGGCUCAUCCCCUAUUCCAAUUCCCUUAUCGAAAACGAUUACCCCUCGGGGCCAAGAUAACCUUUUAGAAAGGGUCAUUUCUUGUGGGUUCUUCAACAAGUAUAUAUAUAGGUAGUGAAGUUGUAAGAAGCAAAACCCCACAUUCACCUUUGAAUAUCACUACUCUAUAAUACUAAUCAUAUCUACUAUACUUUCUCUCCACUUCCAUUAAGCAAUAAAAACUAUUCUUAAAUCUUUGUAUGCAUCUUUGUAGAAUAUAGAAAUUCAUAUAAACAUAAAUAGUAAUGUUGCUUUAUAACCCCUAAUUUAAAAAUGAUGAUCUUGACUACCCACACCACCAAUACAUUG